AGACAGCAGGCGGUUUUUAACAAAGUAAAGAUUCAGACAGACUGAACAUGUUUAUCAGUGAGCGGGAAAGAUAGUGAUAUUUUUAUGAUUUUGUAUUAAAGUUAACAUUAAGAAGACCUGAGAACACCACUGGAUACAGGAUGUGCCCUGGAAAAAGACCGGAGCAGCCAUCACCUGAUGUGCUGCACUACAAGGACAAGGAGCUGGUCUCCAGUCUGCUCCUGCAGCUGAACCUCCUGCGGCAGGAGCGGGUCCUCACCGACGUGGUGCUGUGCUCGGGCGACAAGGAGCUGGCCUGCCACCGCAGCGUCCUGGCGUCCAGCAGCCCCUACUUCCGCGCCAUGUUCUGCAGCGGCUUCCGGGAGAGCGGCCAGCCGCGCGUGGUCCUCGGGGGCGUCCCGCCCGAGGCGCUGAGCGCCGUGGUGGACUACGUGUACACGGGCGCGGCGAGCAUCACGGCCGAGCUGGCGCUGCCGCUGAUGCGGGCGGCGUCGCUGCUGCAGUACGGCCGGCUGUUCGAGGCCUGCUCGGCGUUCCUGCAGACGCAGACGGGCGCCGACAACUACCUGGGCAUGCUGCGGCUGGCCGAGGCGCUGCACUGCGGCAGCCUGCGCGAGCGCGCCCGCGAGGUGACCGCCCGCUGCUUCCCGGCCGUGGCCGCCUCCGACGACUUCGCCGAGAUCUCGCAGGCCGAGCUGGCGGACGUGCUCGGCGACGACCGGCUGUGCGCCGGCGAGGAGCAGGUGUUCGAGACCAUGGUGGCCUGGGUGCGGCACAACGCGCCCGCCCGCGGCGCCGCCCUCCACGCCCUCUUCCGCAAGCUGCGGCUGCGCCACGUGCACCCCACCUACCUCUUCCAGUUCGUGGCGGGCGAGCCGCUGGUGCGGGCGUCGCCGCCGUGCCAGGAGCUCAUCGACGCCGUGCAGCGCCUGCUCUUCUCCGUCGGGGCGGCGCCGUCGUGCCCCAGCGCCAUCGACGACCUGUGGGACUCCCCUCGGCGCGAGGCGUGCCGCGAGGCCCUCGUGCUGGUCGGCGGGCGCAAGAACGGCCAACAGACGUCCCGCGAAGCGCUGCUCUUCGACGAAGUCACCCAGCAGUGGCAGAGCCUCGCCAAGCUCCCCGUGCGCCUCUACCGGGCAUCCUACGCUUGCGUCCAGGGCGUCCUGUACGUAUUGGGCGGGCUGGUGGUGUCCACCGGCAGCAGAGUGGGCACCCCUACCGACGCCGUCUACACCCUCUCCCUCAAGACCAACCAGUGGCGGGCAGCCGAGCCCAUGCUGGCGCCCCACUAUGCCCACCAGAGCGUCUCCCACAUGCACUUCCUCUUCACCCUGGGCGGGCUGGCAGCGGACGGGCAACUGUCCGCCACCAUCGAGAGGUACAACACCAUGUUCAACCAGUGGGAGGACAUGGCCCCCAUGCCAAGCGCUGUCCUGCACCCAGCUGUGGCCGCUCACGACCAGAGGAUAUACGUCAUCGGAGGAGAGGAUGCCGAGCAGAAUCCGGUCCGCAUGAUACAGGUGUACCACAUGGCGAGGAAUCUGUGGUGUAAAAUUGAAACCAGGAUGGUGAAAAACGUAUGUGCCCCAGCUGCAGUCGUUGAUGACAAAAUCUACAUUGUAGGAGGGUACACCCGAAGAACGAUAGCUUACGACACCAAAGCCAACAAGUUUGUGAAAUGCGCGAGCAUUAAAGACAGGAGAAUGCACCACUCAGCCACAGCGAUAAACAACAAGCUCUACGUGACUGGAGGCCGCUACAUCAACAACCAUGACGUCAUCAAGGACUCGGACGGCUUUGAUUGCUACGACCCUGAGUCAGAUGCAUGGAGCUCCAAGGGCAAGCUUCCCUACAGACUAUUUGACCACGGCUCUGUUCCUUUGGUCGGCGUCUCCAGCAAAUCUUUUCCUUCUUGAGGACUGUCAGGACAGAAAAGAACUUUUAACGGAAGUAAGGUUUUUGCUGAAUCAAAGUAGCAUAUACUCCACUCUGCCUUUAGAAAAAAAAGGUGUGAUGUAGAACCACAAAUGGUUAUAUUGCAUGCUUCAUAUAUGGCACCCCUAAAUGGUUCUUUAAACCAUUCUUAAGAGUUCAACAAAGGAACACCUAAAGGUUCUUUAAAGCCUACAUGGUUCUACGGUAUAUAGCACCCCAAGAACCUUUUGUAAGAGUGAAUAGUGCAUACAAUACAGCCAUUUGAAUAAGCCCUUUGACCAAACAGAUGCAAAUGACAUGGUUUGGGUCAGUUGAACUCGUCUCCAAGGAGACAUAUUUUUUUUGCCAACUCAGGUUUGAACUGCAUGUUCUGAAUUUGCGUCUGAGGUUUUACAAACAUUUGCACAUAAGUUUUGGAUCAAGCUAAAAAGGAGGUCCCUGGUAGAUGUAUGCCUUCAAGCUGAAGAGCACUCACCUGUGUUUCCCUGUGUGCCUUCACAUUCAUGUCUGUGAUAUGGGGCACUGCUCUGUUUACAUGCUGAUUGUAUUCCAGAUGUGUUUUUUUUUUCAUCUGUUUUUGUCUUUGAAAGGAAAUGUCUUCUAUAUGUGUUUGUGAUCAUGGACAGAGAAUCUGACCUCACACAUUUGACUCCAGAGCAAACAGUUACUUUUAAGAAGUCCAAACUGACCUUUCUUCUACAUUCCUCCAGAGUAGUAUUCAUGGAAUCCCUUAGUAGGCCUAGUUCUGAGGAUACCGCAUCAAUCACUUACAAAUAUGGGAUUUCAGUACAGCUCAAAUCAGUUGGCCCAAAACUGCCGCUUUCAUAGUUCUCCAAAAGAAAGUGUUAACAUCACAAGUUCAAUGCCAAAUAAUCAUUUUGAGAUAAGAUAAAAGCACACAUCACAUCGGUAUGUGAUGAUUAAGCCCAAUUUCUUUUUUCAUGGCUUUUCUUUUCUUUUUUCGAGUGUUUAGGCCUACUACCACAAUCAUACAACUCAGCGCACAUCACACAAUGCAAAUAAAAUGUUUUGGUAUACAUACAAUGGGAGUGUACCCAUAUACAAUGACGCUACUGCUAACAAUAGCUAAAAAGUGUAUAGCUGAUGUUUACAGAUUCUCUCCGGUCUCUCCAGUCCCCUAGUCUCCAUGUCUGACUGCUGAGGCUGAGAAGAGACAGCCAGCCACUGGCUGAUGAAACAGCACAGUGCAUUUGUGUAAUUGAGAAUGAUCUGACUGUGUUUAUCCAGAGCUAAUUAGUGGUGUUAGCUGUGAGAGUGUUGUUGCUAGCAUGUGUGUGUUUCAGAUUUCAGCAUGGUAGAUGAACAUGCCACAUGCAGAGAGGGUCAUUUGGGUUGUCUCUCACAUUGCAAUACACAAACACACAACACUGAUUUUUUUAUUUAUUUGCCUACAAACCACUUGACUGAUGUACACAGAAGUUUCUAUUUAUCUGAUUUUGUUUGUUUGUAUCACUUGUCAGGAAAAUUCCACUUGACGGAUUGUUUAUUAUUCUGUUUAAUUUGCUUUUAUAAUGAAAUUACAGAUUGUAGUGGUCUGUAUAUUUUGUAUGCUCAGUUUGAAAAGAAAAUACAACUUCAACAUUAGAA